AUGAGUUCCUCUGAAGACGAAAUCGUUCUUUCGAAGAGAGUCAAAAAAACUUCCAAAAAGAACGGAUCCAUGACCAGCACUGCUGCCAGUGAACUCGACGAUGAUCUCCCAUUGUCACAGCGUAACAACGGUGUUGUCAAAUCCAAAGACACAUCUGUAGAUGAAGACUACGAAGAGCCAAUCGCAGAAAAGGUGAACAGAAAACGUAAGAGUGAAAAUGGCUCUUCUACAGUGCCUAAGAAAACAAAGAAGGUCAAAACCGAGACAGAUGCAUCAGCGAAGAAGUCAGAUAAAGAACCGAAACAAAAAAGGGAAACAAAACCAAAGAAAGAAACAAAGUCCAAAAAUGCUGCAGUGAAAGCAGAGAAGGAUGAAGACGUUCCUACUUCGCAAAACGAAGAGAAGGAUGAAGAUGAAGAUGAAGGCUAUAAAUGGUGGGAAGCUGAAGACGUUGAUGGAGUUCAGAAAUGGGAAACUUUGGAACACAAUGGUGUUCUUUUCCCACCUGAGUAUGAACCUCUCCCUCUGCAUGUGAAGUUGUACUAUGAUGGGAAACCAGUGAAGUUGUCCUUAGAAGCUGAAGAAGUCGCUGGAUUCUAUGGUGCCAUGUUGGAAACAGAUCAUGCCAAAAACCCUGUUUUCCAAAAGAACUUCUUCGGUGACUUCUUAGACGUAAUCAAGGAAACUAAUGGUUCUGAUGUUGAAAUCAAAGACUUUGAAAAACUCGACUUCUCCAAGAUAUUCGCUCACUUUGAGAAACUCAGAGAGGAGAAAAAGCUUCUCACGAAGGAUCAAAAGAAAGCCAUGAAGGAAGAAAAGGAGAGAAUUGAAGAACCAUACAAGACUUGUUUAUUCAACGGUCACAAGGAACUCGUAGGUAAUUUCAGAGUAGAACCUCCAGGUUUGUUCAGAGGUAGAGGAGCCCAUCCUAGAACUGGUAAGUUGAAGAGAAGGGUCUACCCUGAGAUGGUUACUUUGAACAUUGGAGCUGGUGCUAAGAUACCUGAAGCUCCUCCGGGUCAUAGCUGGGGUGAAAUCAAGAACGAUAACACCGUUACUUGGUUGGCUAUGUGGAGAGAAAACAUCGCCGAUUCAUUCAAGUAUGUUAGAUUUGCUGCCUCGUCUUCCAUUAAGGGUGUUUCUGAUUUCAAAAAGUUUGAAACGGCCAGAAGAUUACGUAGUCAUGUAGAUGCCAUCAGGAAGGACUACACUAAGAUGUUGAAGAGCGAAUUAAUGCAAGAUAGACAGAUGGCAUCUGCAAUUUAUCUUAUUGAUGUGUUUGCAUUGAGAGCUGGUGGCGAAAAGGGUGACGAUGAAGCGGACACUGUUGGGUGUUGUUCUUUAAGAUAUGAGCAUAUUACCUUGAAACCCCCUAACAAGGUUAUCUUCGACUUCUUGGGUAAGGAUUCCAUCAGAUUCUACCAAGAAGUUGAAGUUGACAAGCAAGUGUUCAAGAACUUGAGGAUCUUCAAGAAAGCGCCUAAACAACCCGGUGAUGACUUGUUUGAUAGAAUCAAUCCUACGAUGUUGAACAAGCAAUUGCAGAAUUACAUGAAAGGCUUGACAGCUAAAGUUUUCCGUACCUAUAAUGCCUCGAAGACAAUGCAAGAUCAGUUGGAUUUGAUUCCAAAUGAAGGCACAGUAGCCGAAAAAGUUGUGAAGUUCAAUGCUGCUAAUAGAACUGUUGCUAUCUUGUGUAAUCACCAGCGUACGGUAAGUAAAGGACAUGGCAGUUCUGUUCAGAAAAUCAAUGACAAGUUAAAGGAGUUGAUGUGGCAGAAAAUAAGAUUGAAGAGAAUGAUACUUGUUUUAGAACCAAAAUUGAAGAAUAAGCAGCUGCAUUAUUUUUGUGAAAUCGAUGAUCUUGCAAAGGAAGAUGAAGAGCACAUUCAUCACACAGUAAUUGCUAGACAAAGAGAACAGGUCUUGAAGAAGAUGCAAAGAGAUAAUGAAAAACUAAAAUUGGAAAAGCAGGAGAUUUUGACUGAAAAAUCAGAUGAAAUCAAAGAAAAGAUGGCCAAGAUUGAUGAUCUUGAGAAGGAAUACAAGGCUGAAUUGAAUGGCGCAAAACCAGAAGUAAAGAAGAAUCUCACUGUGGAGAAGUUGCAGCAGCAGGUUGAAGUGAUUGAAAACAGAAUUGUUACCACGACUCUUCAAUUGAAAGAUAAGGAAGACAAUUCUGAAGUUUCCUUAGGUACAUCCAAGAUGAACUAUAUCGAUCCAAGAUUAACGGUGAUGUUUUCGAAGAAGUUCGAUGUUCCCAUCGAGAAACUCUUCACCAAGACCUUGCGUGACAAAUUCAAAUGGGCCAUCGAAUCAGCAGAUGAAAACUGGAGAUUCUAA